CAAAUGGAGUGCAGUUCUGAGCUGGCUGUAAGCAGGAUCAUCGUUUGCUGAUUUUCAAAAAGCCUGUCUUUUAAUUUCUUUCUAUUGUGUUUCAUAACGUUAUUGGUAAUGCUUAGAGGCAUCAGCAAAACUGUGUUCUGCUAGAGGUCCGAAGUGCUGGCUUUUCAUAUGCCACGGAGGGAGAGAGAAAAAGCGAGAGUGCAAAACUGCAAAAAUAGAUUAAGCACAUUGAAGAAUGCCAGCACAGAAGAUGGAGUGGGAACUGUUAGUGCUAGUUGCAUGUGAGGUUAAUGAGCAAAUAUUCACAAACCAAGAGGUCCAGGAUCGAUUUGAAGCCCUUUUCCGGGUUUAUGAUGAACAAGCCACAUUCCAACUGUUCCAAAGCUUCCAGAGAGUACGGAUAAAUUUCACCAAUCAAGAGGCAGCGGCACGUGCCCGAAUAGAACUUCAUGAAUCCGACUUUAAUGGCAGCAAAAUCAAACUUUAUUUUGCACAGGUUCAAAACAGUGAAGACAAGGUUGAUAAAAUGUACUUGAGCCCACCUCCGCCUGUGAAACAAUUCCUCAUCUCCCCUCCAGGGUCUCCUCCAGUUGGAUGGCAUCAGAUUGAAGAUGCAACUCCCACCAUUAAUUAUGAUCUUCUGCGUGCAAUCGCUACACUUGGUCCAGGUGACAAGUACGAGGUGCACACAGGAACAGAAGGCACUCCAAGUGUUGUGGUUCAUAUCUGUGAGAGUGAAAAUGAAGAUGAAGGUGCAGUUAAACUGCCAAAACAAAAAAUAGUUCAAACAAAACGACCAGAUAAUGCACCAACAGUGAACAAAUGAAGCGUCUGUCUACCUGCCUCCUCUGACCAUAUCAUUUACUGCAGCAACAAUUUAAUGGCUGUUUUUCUUUUCUUGAGGACUGUUUAUCCAUCGUUAUAUGAAAAAAAGUAGUAAUUUAGGUGAUUUCCUAAUAAAAGAACAACUGUAAGGAUUCCUUUUUUGUGGCUUUGAAGCUUUAUUCCAUCUUCACCCAGUUUGGUCUGAGCUCACCAGACACAGAAUGAUGUCGGCUGACAGGGGAACCAAAUGGCAGGAUUGCUUCCCUCUCCUCCAAAAGCUUCAAAUCCAUAAAAUUGUUAUGUAGCUUCAGUAUUUGAUCAAAGCUUUAUUUCAGCCCUUUUCAAAUGUGUGAAUUGUAAAUGUCGCUAUUGUCUCUUUUGCAAUGUUGUGUUCUGUAUUAUCUGUCUUGAAUGUUGUUCUGAACAAAUAUUGACCAUAGGAAGCAAUACAAAAACUGUUUGCAUCCAUAGUCUUGCAAUACUUCAAGCUAAUUAGAUUCUAAUUAGAGAAAGAGACCAAACUGUUGUGAAGUAUUCUUCACCCCCUCUCCUGUAUUUCCCCACGCCUCCCCAUUUCCUUCCCAGGAAAGUGGUGAGGUGAAAUAGUGAUGCCAUUAAGCAGCUCACUUUCGCAAUUGAAAUGAAUUUCAGAUGAUGCAGUUUGUGCUUGUUUUUUUUUGUCUUUUUAAUAAAAUCAAUUCACUGGCAGAAAUGAAACUGAUGAAUCUGGAAAGGCAUAGCAGUAAGUCAUGCUUGCAUCUGUAGAGAAAGUCGUCAUUGUUUCAGGCCUGUAUGCUUUUCCAAAAUUGAGUUUGCAGGUUGAACCAAGUUAAUGCCACUCAGUGAACAAUGAGGCACCAAUGAAUCAUGUUUGAUAACCCAUAAAGCUUUAAGGCAAGUACUUUGGCAUGAUGUGGCAUCCCAUGGCAAACUCCACCCACUUCUAUAGUUCUCCAAUUUGACUUGAUUUGUUCACUGAGUAUUGCAAUUUUUCAUAAAAGUGUCUGGAGCUAAUGAGCAGAUCUAGAUGAUAUGUUAUUUGCCAAACAAAACACUUGCUCUAGCAAUGAUUUAAAUAAAGAGAAGCAUAAA